AUGUUAGAGGAGUUUAAAAUUAUUGAUAACACUUGGAUGAAUACAAUGUAUGGUUUGCGAAAAUCUUGGAUCCCUACAUUUUUCAAGCACAUUCCAAUGUCUGGUCUUAUGCGAACUACAUCGUUGUCUGAAAGUCAGAAUUGGUCAUUUCAAAUCACCACAUUAACCGGUUCUUAUCUUGUCAUGUUUAUGAUGACAUUUGAAUCAGUUAUGGAACGACAACGACAUAACCAAAUUCUCAAUGAUUUUAAUACUGCCACCACUUUUCCUAAAUUCAUUACCCGUACUCCGUUUGAACCUCAUGCUUCAUACGUAUAUACACGAAAGAUUUUUUAUCAGAUUCAAAAAGAGAUAUCAAGAGCUGAAGAUAAUUGUUUCCAAAAGAAUGUGAUAUCUUCCAACGGUGUUGACACAAUUAUUGUUCUGGAGAAAACAAAGAACAUAACUAUUAGGAAAACAAAUGAUGUCGAUGUUGAUGACAAAGAUGAGGAAUACAAUUACGAUUGUCUUUUAAGGGAUACUGAAUACACGGUCACACACUCAACCAAAGAUGUUUUAUGGCAUCGAACAAUUCCUGAAAAGUACAUUUUGAAAUGUUGGCGUAGGGAUGUUAUUCCAACAAAAUUACUAAAAAGACGCUUCACUAACUCUUUUGACGAUUAUAAUUCCGACAUGACUGCUAUUAAUAUUUUUUCAACUGUUGACCGUUGUGUGUCUUUUUUGAGCCAUGAUGCAGCUAAGUUAAAGUUAUACCUCGACGAGCAUAAUAAGUUGAAAAAAAAAAUCGUAGACGACUGUCCAAAUCAUGAUCUACCAACCAGUGCAGAUCAUUUCAAGAAGCUUUUAGGUGUGGUUGGUCUUGAUGUAGAAUAUGAUGUUAAUGACAUUCAGAAUCCUACAGAUAUUCGUAACAAAGGCUGCGGUAGUCGUGGGAAAAGAUUAAAAUCUACAAAAGAGAUGACUGAGAAGGAAAGCACGAAACCUAAGAGAAAAUGUGCUACAUGUGAACAGAUGGUUCAUCAUGACAAAAGAAAUUGUCCUCUAAAGAACGCCCAUAAAUAA